GUUUCCCGGAAAGCGAACCCAAGCGUUUCGUAGUAGAAAUUUUUCCUUAGAAAACUUUCAUCAAUUUGACUAAAAGUAUAUCUUAUUGCCAUGAAUUACACCCCAGAGAACUUCACUCUGAGCGGGAGUGGAGCUUCAAACUACAGCUUUGCCAAUCCGCAAGUUGAUUUGAGCGGUAAAUUAAUCAUCAAAGCCCAACUAGGGGAUGACAUCCGAAGAAUUCCCAUCCACAACGAAGACCUGACAUACGACGAGCUACUUCUGAUGAUGCAGAGAGUUUUUCGCGGUAAACUAAACAGCUCCGACGAUGUGUUGAUAAAGUAUAAAGAUGAAGAUGGUGAUUUGGUUACAAUAUUCGAUAGUUCAGAUCUUUCCUUUGCCAAGUCUAUGAGCCGUAUUCUCAGACUGACUCUGUUUGUUAAUGGCAUCCCGAGACCCCCUGAGCACUCAAUGGUACAGGAGUAUCGGCGAGAGCUGACGCACAUUAGGGACCGUGUGGUAUAUCUCCUUGAUAAGCUCAAUACAUAUGACGACCCAGCGCAAGGUAGUGACAUGGGGAGAAGUCCUGCUGAUGACAAGGCGGCAAAACCUAAAGGUACCCCACAACGUGGUGCUGCUAGUGAUGCUAGGGCCAGUAGUGACCAGAGUGCUAAACAGACUGCGACACCCACCCCUCCUCCAGUAAAUACUGCCAUGUUUGACCCGCUGGCAGGACAACCGCCUCAACAAAGUCAUUCUGAACCAGGACAAGUUCAGAGCAAUCAGGCAACCCAACAUAACAAUCAGCCAACCCAAGCUUACCCCCCAAGGGCAGGCUCAACCAGUCAGCAGACACAACCUCAGUCUAUGCAGGGCCCUUCCCAGCAGCCUUCAGUACAGCAGAGCCAGCAAUAUAAUGGUCAGCAGUACCCCCAGGCACAGUCUUAUGCACCUUCCGCAACCUCUCAAACACAGACAAGUUAUAAUAGCCAGAGCUACCCAGUAUCUGGUGCCUACAGCCAACCGUCAUCUGUGGGGUACUCCACAUAUGGACAGAGUACGGCACCAUCUAGCAGCCAGGGAUACAGCCAGGGGGGGCCACCCUCCACUCAGGCGACAUACACCACCACGCCCUACCAGAGUAUGCAGCAGCCUCAACUACAGCAGCAACAACAGCAGCCAUCCAAUUACCAGAGUUAUCAAGCCAUCAAGAUGCCGACACAGCCCUCCUAUGAUCAAUAUGCCAGCGGGCAGUACUAUAGCCAAGGUUAUCCCCCCAGCUAAUGCCGUGGGAAUCUUCUUAGUUAAUGCCGUGGGAAUCUUCUUAGUUAAUGCCAUGGGAAUCUUCUUAGUUAAUGCCAUGGGAAUCUUCUAAGCCAAUGUCAUGGGAAUCUUCUUAGCUAAUGCCAUGGGAAUCUUCUUAGCUAAUGCCAUGGGAAUCUUCUUAGCUAAUGCCAUGGAAAUCUUCUAAGCCAAUGCCAUGGGAAUCUUCUAAGUCCAUGGGAAACCUAGUUAAUGCCAUGGGAACCCCCAUGUUUAGUAAGUAUGAUUUGUAAGAAUCUGUAAAAAUGAUACCGCUGAUCUUGUAAAGGUUGUCCACCUAAGAGACAUUUCCAAUUAAUUAUCAUGUGUUUUAUUGUAUAUUCCACUUUCCACGCAUGUUAAUUCUAGGUUGCAGACUGUUAUAGUAGGCUGCUUUCCCCCCCCCCUACCUCCAUGGACUGCUUUCCCCCCCCCUACCUCCAUGGACUGCUUCCCCCUCCCCCUACCUCCAUGGACUGCUUGCCCCCCCCUACAUCCAUGGACUGCUUGCCCCCCCCCCCCUACAUCCAUGGACUGCUCACCAAAAGAAAACAUGCGGCAACUUCUACCAGGAAAACAAUGAUAUAAUUAGUCACAUGACAUUUUUAACAUUUGAAAUUUCUUGUAAGGUGAACAACCUUUAAAUCCCAGCUGUAGAAGGAUAUUGUAAAAACAAACAAUGAUAUAAGACAAGCAAUAACUUUAAUAAUGUCCACAACCUUAAACUGUUAUAUUGAACAAAUUGAAUUUACUCUAGGAAGCUCACAUCUCUUAUUCAGGGCUGUAGCAUGGGGUUGGGCACUGGGGGCACGAACAUGGCUGUGCCCCCCCCCCCCCCCCAACAUUUUCUUAAUGUCUCUGUAUCAAUAAUUUGAGGCCUGCUAUGGCUAUGCUGAUUAGAUGCCUAUUUUGAAUAAAGUCUUGGUGAAUAGCAUGAGAUAAAAAAAAUAAAACAAAAUAGAGA